AUGACCUCAUUGCCAUCACUGAUGUUUAUACUGCCUUUCAUUAGUACGUUUCAGUGGCCUAAUUCCACAGCACAACACACUUAUAUAUUACACAGAUUCAAUAUUUAUCCAUGGUCUUCUACAAGGGAUUAUCCCGAAAGUACAAGUUCCGUUAAUCAAGAUAAUAUAACUCUAACGACGACUUUAAGUUAUAAGGAAGAUCAAAAAAAUGAUUCUGUUACUGGUAUUAAAAAUAUGACUGCUGAUAUAGUUUUACCAACAGCUAAUUUGACAAACUCUUCAUCAGUUGUUUUUCCAAUUUCGACCGAUGAGAAAACUAAAAUCAAUAAAUUUAUACCUGAAAACACCGUAAUUGAGAAAUGCUCUUUGAAUGAAACUUUUUGCAUCAAAGUUGAAAAUUAUCCAAGAGAAGAUGUAUACAAGAUUUUUAGAACCAGCAAGUUUAUGUCAACUCCUCAUUAUGAUGAAUAUGCUAAGGAUGAGGUAAAUGAUUUUGAAACAAGAAUAUUAUCAGAUGUUGAACUUCAACCAUUCUGUCAGUCAAGAUCAGAAGUAAUAUAUCCAGAAGCCGGUCUUACGUCAAAAAACGAAUGGCGCUAUAUUGUACAAGCUCCAGCAAUUAAUGCCAGUGACACUUUCAUUAAACAAGGAAUUGUAGUGGAGAAAUGCAUAGAUUUUCGAGAUCCGUGUCGAUUUGAUGAUACUUUACCAUAUGGAUACGUCUCAAGAUGUGUACAAAAAUAUAUCUACAAAAGAUUAUUGUCCGUUCAAGGUCCAUAUCAAUUUUCCUAUGAUUAUUUUUUAUUACCAUCUUGUUGUCAGUGUAUGUUUAGUAUAAAUUAA